AUGAAUGGAUUUGCCCGUCAUGUGUUUGCUCCCUACCAAAAAAAAAGUAACCUGUUAACGCCAGUGCGUUCCCCAGCGGCUUCCCUGAAUGACGAAUAUACAAUGAGCCUCAAUGUCAACACCACAAGAGGGAAUAAACAAAAAUUGAAAAGCUCUGAGCUGCUUUCAAACGAAGACGUCGACUUAACUACAUUAAUUUCGGAAAUUCGCGACUUCAGGGACGAAGUUAAAGACAUAGUACGCCAAGAACUGAAAUUGCAAACAUCAGCCAUUACCAAAUGCUUUGAAGAGAGGCUAGGUGAAUUAUCGAAGGCACUUGAGUCCAAAGACUUGGAAAUCAGUUCAUUAAAAUCAUUAGUUAAUGAGUUACAGCAACAAAUCGCCGUCCAAGACCAACACUCGAUGCGAAAUGAACUGGAGAUUAUUGGUAUGCCUGAAGAAAACAACGAAAAUCUCACGCAUAUCGUUCUCGCUACUUGUCAAAAGCUCGGAGUACAAUUAUCCGAAAAUGAACUGGAUGAAGUGGUACGUGUAGGCCCUAAACGUUCCUCAGGCUCAAAAUCAUCUAUGCCCAACUACAAACACCCGCGCCCAAUCAUAGUCAAACUACUGCGACGUAAAAAGAGGGAUGAGCUUAUAACGGCAGCCAGGGUCAGGCGAGGCUUGUCAUCUGAGAACAUUGCGAAUCACCCAUCUCGAAUCCACGGUAAGGUCAAAAUGGAUUUUAAUCGGAUUGUUGACAAGCUUGAGUCGACUGAUUGGUCAUUGAUAAUGAAUAUGGAAGAUGCUAACGAGGCAGCUGAUAAUUUUAACACAAUCUUAGAAAUGGCAAUAAACGAAAACACAAGUUAUGUGGUGCCCAAACGGUCAGAUCGAGUUAUAAAGCCAUGGAUAACUCCAGGCUUAAUGAGAUGCCAAAAACACCGUGACAAUCUACAUCUCGAAGCCAGGAGAAACCCUGAUAAUCCAUUUAUCCAAAUCACUUAUAAACGAUACAGAAACUUCCUUUACGCGCUACAACGAAAAUUAAAGACCGAAUACGAGAAUAAUCAAAUUCAGCAAAAUAAAGAUAACCCAAAAAAGUUGUGGAAAACGCUCAAAAAUAUAUGUAAUCUCACACGCAACACUACCGAGGCUAAUGAAUUGUUGUCCGUAGACAAAGACCCUGAUUCUUCUUUAAACGCUUGUAACGAGUACUUCACUAGAGUUGGCAGAGAACUGGCUGAUGACACGCUCAGAAGAUUAAACACCCAAGAAGACCUGUUAGCUGCAGAAUACAAACCAAGAGUGCUUUGCAAGGACUCCCUCUUUCUGCAGCCAACGGAUCCUUAUGAAGUUGGUACGCUUAUUGACCAGCUAAAAAACGAUACUGCACCGGGUAUAGACAGCUGCACCCCAAGGAUAUUUGAAAAAGAGGAGAGCGAGCAGUUAGGAGCGGAGGAUUUUUUCCUGAGCAGCCAAAGACGCCGUUUACUCAUACUACGUCACUAUCUAAGAGGAUAUUUCUUUAACUCUUAG